UGAUUUGACGGGCAGCAGAAGUUCCGGUGCGCCUCCUGUGCGUUUUUCUUUACGCGCACGGCUUUGAUGGUGUCACGCAACCUCCCCCCCCCCCCUCAAGAGCGGCGUGUGUGUGCGUGCUCAGUCAGUCUGUCUGUCUGUCUAAUAGACUGACCCCCCAGCAAGCGGUUUAAAGAGCGCUGAGUCAACGAAUCGCAAGCAGAAGGAUGCAACAGUUGAUGUGCGCAUAAAUGUGCAGAGUUUUUCUCGCGUUUGGAGACGCUCUGCUCACAGGGAGGAUGGUGGCUGUGAUCCAUCAGGAGAAAAGGCUCCAAUCUUAGGUUGCCUUUUUUUUUUUUUUUUAAAGAAAAAUUUAAGAAAACUGCAUAUUUGUUCCUCCACAAGGCAGUGACUAAAAAAGAAAAAAAAAGAAGAAAAAAAGAGCAAGCGCUGCUUUCUCUACAAAUAAAUGGGACGUUUUGGACUGAGUGGACUUUCACGCUCUGCUGGAAUGGAGUUAAUGCAUGAAUUUCAGAUGGUCUGCGGCGGCGAGUGAGCGAUCUGCCGAGCGGAGUGCAGCAAACAUGCAGCGGAUUCUGCAGAAGAGGCGAGUGCGCAAGCUGCGGGUCGUCUGGGCUUCCCUGGCCCUGAUGGCUCUGUCUCUGGCCGCCUGCAGCGCGCUGUUCACGGCGUGGACCUGGCGACAGACGCGGGACCUGUCCCAGUCCUUCCAGAUCCUGCAGGACCGACUCGAGCAGGUCAACACGCAGAGGAAGGCGAUUGUUCAGCUCAUUCUGGAGAAGAGAGAGCUGCUUCUGGAGCGAGUGAAGCGAGACGGGGGCUCGGUGAAAGGGAAAACCGGGAAUGGAAGGAAAGCGGCGUCUCAUUUUGAGAUAACCAAACUCUCCUCUCAGCAAGUCGGAGAAGGGGGCGUGAUAAAAGGCUGGGAGGAGAGGACGCUCAAUAUGACUAAAGCGGUGAGGUACAACAGGGAGGAAGGUACCUUCACGGUGCAGAGAGCAGGAGUCUACUUCCUGUACUGUCAGGUGCUGUUCAACGAGCAGCAGUCUCAGUACGUGAAGCUGGACGUGGUGACCAAAGGGCCCCGGCCCCAGAAGCUGCAGUGCAUGGAGGGCUACGGGACCACGCCCUCCGCUGGGCCGCACUCCUUCCACUUCGUGAAGCCCUGCCAGGUGUCCGGCCUGCUGCGGCUGGAGAGGGGCACAGAACUCCAGGCCAAGACGGGCCCGUCCUUCAGCCUCCACCCGGUGGCCAAUCACGUUUUCAGCAUCUUCAAAGUCAACUGAGGAUCGGCGCUCGUCUGAGCUCGGUCGCAAACUAUCCUCGCGUCACACAAAUCCAGCAGGAUUACUGCAGAAUGUAACUGUUUGCAUUAAAAAUGGAUAAUAUAAUUUUUUUUUCUUCUUCUUCUUCUACAAGGCCAAACGAAAGGCUACAGCUAUUUCCCACAUGUGCUCAUAUGAGAGACAAAGCUGACAUUUGUGGAAGCUGUAGAGGAUUUUUCUUUUUUUUUUUUUUUUUCCUUCUCUGGACUGCAGCCUGUUUUGGAAUUCAGUUUUGGAUUAAAACCAAGACCUACAGUGAACAAAAAAAAAAAACCAAAUAAAAAAAAACCUUGAUGAACUUCUGCCGAGAGAACAGAUGUGACGGAGGCCGGUCUGUGGAUUAAAGAGCUUCACAGAAUAAGAAAAUUCCUCGGAGGUCCAUCUUAGCCCCCGUAUAACGCAAUAAAGUUAUUGUCUGAACUCUCUGCAAGCUCACAUUUAAGAUGUGCACCUUCCACAGACGAGAGCACAUCUGCGAGAGUCUGACUCUAUAAACGCUUUCUCCAGUUGGCAUUGACCGUUUAAAUAAUGCUGCCUUUGUGUGAUGGUUUUCAUGUGUGAACUAACUCUGAUGAAU